AAAGCUACAACUUUGCAGCGUCAACAUCGCAGAGACAACACAAGAGACAGAGAGCGAAAGAGAGAACAGAAAGAGCGACUACAAAUAAACUGUGGAUUACGCGUAAUAUCGUCAAGUAAACUAUGGUACUAGAAAUGGAAAUGUCCAAGACCUAUCAAUACCGUAAGGUAAUGAAGCCCAUGCUGGAGCGUAAGCGUCGUGCCCGCAUCAACAAGUGCCUGGACGAGCUGAAAGACAUCAUGGUGGAGUGCCUGACCCAGGAGGGGGAGCACAUCACGCGCCUGGAGAAGGCCGACAUUCUCGAGCUGACCGUGGAGCACAUGAAGAAGCUGCGCGCCCAAAAACAACUACGCCUGGGAAGCAGCCCAAAUGCCAGUGCCGACUCCAAGCUGAGCAUUGCGGAGAGCUUUCGUGCCGGCUACGUGCAUGCAGCGAAUGAGGUGUCCAAAACAUUGGCAGCGGUGCCCGGCGUCACUGUGGAUCUCGGCACUCAGCUAAUGAGUCACUUGGGCCAUCGCUUGAACUACUUGCAAGUGGUGGUUCCCACCAUGCCCAUUGGCGUCACCGUGCCAAUGCAGACAUCCGAUGAGCUGAGCAGCAGCAGCGGCAGCAGCAGUCCGAGUCCAGUGCUAGUGACACCACCGCCUUCGGAAUGCGGCAGUGCCAGCGGUAGCUGCAGUCCAGCGCCAAGCGAAGCCAGCACCAGCUCUGGUUCCAUGUGGCGUCCCUGGUGAAGGCAAUGCAGGCGGCAGCCUUGAAGCGAAAGGCAUUGACAACUUACUCACAAACCAGGACAGCUGUCCACACAUCCGCGCUGGAUUGGAAGCCGCGCGCGCUAGCGAAUCUAUGCUAGAGUCUACAAUCUGGCCAAGAAGGGAACUGUGCCCACUCUGCUAGAGCCUACAAAUUGGCUAAAGAGUGCGGCUAAGCCUCAAGUACCCAGAGAAAAGUUCAUAAAUUUUGUAUAAAAAAUAA